UUUUAUAAAUUCUCUAGAACAAGAUGCGUUAAAUUUAUAUCAAACAUUUUUAAAGACUCCUAAGAAAAUGAAUACUCUAACAGAAUUAGAACAAACUACACAUAACAAUGCCACAAAAUGUCAUAUUUGUGAUAAACCACUUUUAGGGGAUAAAGUUGCCGAUCAUUGUCACAUAACAGGCAACUAUAGAGGACCAGCUCACUCUUUGUGUAAUAUCAACUAUAAAAUUCCUAAUUUUAUUCCAGUUAUAAUGCACAACUUACGUAAUUACGACAGCCACCUAUUUUUAAAGAAUUUGUGUUUAAAUAAAGAACAAAUAUCAGUAAUUCCACAAAAUAAAGAAAAAUAUAUUUCCUUUGAAAAACAUAUCUGUACCUCAGAGCCAGACUAUGUUAAGUCCAAAUUUACCAAAUUUUAGCUAAAUAUAUUAAGUGACUUAAAAUUUUGUGCUGCAUUUUAUGGUAUUUUUUAUUUUAACCAAUCUUUUAAACUAACGGAAAUAUUUGAUUUUAAACUACGUUAAGUCCAUAGGUCUGCUGGACUCAAACAAUGUUAAGUCUCACUAACCUCACAUUUGCAUCUGGAUUCACGUCAGUUUGAAAUGUCAGCUCCACCUGUUAACAUACUUAACCUCCUACAUUGUUGUUAAAUCACAUUUUUUAAAAUAAUGCCUUUUACUUCACGUGUUCCGUGGUCCUCUCGGACAAGUAAAAUGGUAAAAAACUGCAUAGAAAAUAAAACAAAUAAUGUCCAAUCUGUUUCCAAUAUUGAAAUAGCAGAAGCCAGUUCUACACAAACAUUAGAAAUUUAUGAAGAGGAAAGUACAUCUCCCAUGAGACGUGCUAUUCCGUCUUUAAGUUUUUUAUGCCAUCAGAUGCUGCAACAGUCACGCUUUGUACCAGAAACAGCUGUUAUACAAAAUUUAUUAGGAAAUACUCCCGAAAAAUCGCUAAAUAAUAUCCCAGAAAAAGUGGUACAUAGUUCUGAUGAAGGGUUAAAAAAUAUUAUGGACGAUCACAUACAAAAUCCCAGUAAAGGCGAAGUUUUCCACAUAAGUGCUGAGAAUGAAGAACAAUUAUUACAUAGAACUCCUGAGAGGGAAUUUGUAGAUUUUGAUAGCGAUGAUGAUAUAGCAGACCCCGACUAUUCCGAUGACACCGAACCUGACGAGGAUGAAAACCAAGAAGCAGUGAAGAUGUUAAGUCGUAAAAGAAAAGCAGAUCCAAUGAGUUGGAAAAAGAAUAUUACAAAAAAGAAACGGUAUUCAGGGUUAGAAUACAAAACUGACAGUGGAAGUCGAGUUAUGAACCCAAAGUCCCUAAAAGAACCUUGUCAUGACAAUUGCAAACUCUCCUGUAGAACUAGAAUUUUAGAAGAACGUCGGCAAAUGAUACAUUCUAAUUUUUGGAGUCCAUCAAAAACAGUAGAUAUGAGAAGACAAUACAUAGCAUCUAUGGUAUCACAAAUACCAAUAAAAAGACGCAGAGAGAAGACCGGCGAAAGGAGAGGAAAAAGAAUCUUUACCAAUUGUUACAGUUUUGAUACAGAAGGAAAAAAAGAAACAGUUUGUAAGAAGUUUUUUUUAAAUACCCUUAGCAUCUCACAGCAAACAGUAGAUACUGCAAUUAAAAAGAAAAAAGAAGGAGGUAUUGUAACGCCUGAUAAAAGGGGAAGACAUCCAUCUAUUAACAAGAUCCCAGAAGAAGUCCGCCAAAAUGUUAGAAACCAUAUUUCAAAAUUUCCAACAUACGAAUCCCAUUAUUCUCGGGAAAGAACCAAAAAGAAGUACCUUGGAAAUCAUUUGAAUAUAAGUAGAAUGUACGGACUUUACUUAGAAGAAUGUACAGAACGUGGUUUUGGACCCGAAAGUAUUGCAAAAGAAUGGCUAUACUCGGAGAUUUUCAACUAUGAGUAUAACUAUUCAUUUAAGAGCCCAGACAACGAUACCUGUGACUUAUGUGAUCAACUUCAGCUUCAAAUUCGCGAGGCGGAAUCACUUGAUAUAAGAAAGAAGCUACAAACUGAAUACGAUCAACAUCUGGCAGAUACGACUAACAGAUACAAAAUGAAAUCAGAAGAUAAAAAAAAGUCCAGGGACAACUUAUUAGAAGCAAAAGUUAUUAUGAUUGAUCUCCAAAAAUGUCUACCGACCCCGGAUUUGCACAAUUCACAGAGCUUUUACUCUCUAAAACUAUGGACGUAUAACCUAACUAUCCAAGAUGCAACCUGUGAAAAAAGUUUCUGCAUGAUGUGGGAUGAAAGUGUAGCCGGUCGGGGAGGAAAUGAAGUUGCAUCAUGUCUAAUAAAAUGGGUUGAACAGAACGUUUCAGAAGAAAUUAAGGAAAUAACAAUCUGGUCGGACAACUGUCCAAGUCAAAAUAGGAACAUCCUAAUGAUAAUGUGUUAUUUUUUUAUCCUUCGUAUAAGACCAAACAUCACUGCUGUUAAUCACAAGUUUCUAGCAAGGGGGCAUACUCACCUGGAGGCUGAUGUCGUUCACUCUACGAUUGAGCGUGAAAGAAAAAAACUUCCUCAAUUUCAAAUUGUAACCCCUUGGGAUUGGCAGCAGAUGGUCCGAUUAUGUGGAACAAAAAAACAAUUUAAUGUGGUCAAUAUGGAACAAUAUGAUUUUAAAGAAUUUAAACAUCUGUUUGAGGGAUCAACUGCACCAUACAUCAACAAGAAAAAAGAUAUGACGGGAAACGAUUUUCUGAUAUCUCAUGCAGUUCACUUGCAAGUUAGGAGAAACAACCCUGGAAUUCUCUACUACAAAACCGAUUUUAAUAAAGAUUUUUUGGAAGUCGACUUUCACAGAAGAAACAAAUCAAAUGAUUACACUCCUUUGGAAAUUCCACCAAUUCGAGAGAGUUCUAAACCAAUAUCUGCAAAAAAGUAUAACCACUUACAAAAACUUCUUAAAUGGGUGCCAAAAAGAUUUCACGACUUUUACAAGAAAUUGGAAUAUGAACGAAGCGGAGACGACGAAUAAAAAUAUUUGUUUAUAAUAAAGGAAUAAACUGUUUUAUAUGUUUUGUAAGCAUUUAAGCAUUAAACUAAGUAUAAUGAUUAAUUAGGUAGUAUUUUUGCCCUUUCCAUUGAUCUAACAUCCAUAUUAUGUCCACUGUAAAUAUUUUAAGUCCAUACCUUUGCUCUUAAUAUGGUUGUUAAAUCCAAAAUUUUAAGUUUUUCUAGAUAGAAAACUAUGUUAAGUCCCUUAUUUCAAAAACAAAAAACGAAAGGAAAAGUUUACAUUAUGGCACUUAUUCCUGUGACCAAACCUUAUUUAAUUAUAAAGUAGUUACAACUUUUACUAAAAACAGAAUUUAAAAAUUUAAAAAAAUCUGGUAUGAAGUUAAUUAAAUCGCUAUACUGAAAAACAAAGCUUUUGGACUUAACAUACUCUGGC